ACGACGAACGACGCUAGCUCAAAAUUAGGUUAUUGCAGAUUACUAAACCCUGAAAACAUUAAUUAAAUUAAAUGUGUCGAGAGUCUUUUACUUUUUCAUAUAAGUUUUAAGCAUAUGAACUUUUUUGUCAAUGCAGAGGUGCAUUGAAAUAAUUAUUUUGCAUAAUUUCUGAUUUAUCUUCAUUCAAAAAUGUGCUCUGUAUGUAACUCAUUUACACAAACAUUUACAAUCAAAUUUAUAGUAAACAUAUUAUUUCCCGGUGUUUUUUGUUCGGUGGUAUGAUAAACAUUUAGUAAAAGCUUUCUGCUCUUUCUCCGUAAAACGUCAAAGAACUCAAAAAGUAACCCAUCAUGAAAGCAAUAGCUUUUUCUAUCUGGUUGUUCAUAAACCUUGUCUGCUUUGGUAUGUGUGGAUAUAUUUAUUUAUUGUGGUCACAAUACUGGAAUUACAUUACAAAACAACAAAAAUUAACGGCUCAGGAAACACCAAAAGUUGAUAAUAGACCGCUUGUUGAUUAUUUUCAAGAGCCAGUACCUGUGGAUAUGCAUGAUGUUGAGUGGCGUCACCAAGAAUUGGUUCAACUUCCUUUGAGAAGCAACAGUAAGCCAAGAUUCCCCAAUUCAGUGAAACCUACAGAACCUCCAAAACCAGUUCCUGAAUGUUAUGAGAAUUGCGAUUUUACUGAGUCAAGGCUGCAAGCCUUCAAGAAUCAGCUGAUCGUGAGACUGCGGCGAGUUCUGCAUGAUGAAAGCAACGUGUUUCGGUCACGUGACGGCAAUCCCUAUAAUGUCCAUUACAAGGGGACUAGAUCCAGUCAUUUAGGUACGUCACAAGAACUGCUGUGUGAUCUAAUGAAAUCAGUGCCGCGGUUGAGAACCAUUGACGGCAAAUCGCGUCCAUUCUCGGAGACCGGUCUGGGGGACUCGGUGCCCCGCGUACCCCUGUUCGCCCCCCAGGAGCACUACAACAACUGCGCCAUUGUCAGCAGUGCCGGCUCCCUCAAAGGGUCCAACCUUGGUCCGCUCAUAGAUAGCAACGACGUAGUCCUGCGUUUCAACCACGCGCCCACUGAGGGCUAUGACGAUGACGUAGGAACUAAGACGACAAUUCGUAUUCUCAACUCACAGGUUGUCUCAAAACCUGAGUUCAAUUUCCUAUAUUCGCCCAUGUACAGAGAUAUUAAACUGCUUGCCUGGGAUCCAUCCAACUAUACGUCUUCCUUGGAGCAGUGGUUCAUGAAUCCAGACUUCGAUAUAUUCACACCCUACAUGAAGCAUCGUCAAAUGAACCCGGACACUAAUACCCACAUUCUCGACCCCAGAGACCUGUGGAAACUAUGGGACUACCUACAGGCUCACACUCCUGUCAGAAUACGCAAGAAUCCGCCGUCUUCUGGGUUUCUUGGUCUAGUUUUAUUGCUGCCCUACUGUUCGUACAUCAACAUGUACGAGUACAUCCCAACAGUGCGCCUGACCAACCUGUGCCACUACUUCGACGAGGUGAAUGACCCCUCGUGCACUUUCGGCGCCUGGCACCCUCUGUCCGCCGAGAAGCUGUUGGCCCUCGCCUUGAAUCGAGCCAGCGACCGCUCUGUCUUCCAGACUGGCUUCAUCACCAUUCCCGGAUACCAAAAUGACUCCUGUUGAUCCUGCGCCGUGCUUUUCAAAUUCAGCACAUUCCUCCUCGUUAUUUAUCCGAUGAUCCUCGGCUUGAUCCACUUUUUAAUGGUUAUGAUCCUCUCCUAGACGACCAAUCACAUAACACAGACCUUACCGGUUAUCGGACAAGGAGAAAAAUGCAAUACUUUCCUGACCUGAGUAGAAGUGCAAAGAAAGUAGAAAACACUUUUUUGAGCUCAGGAGGUCUCAAAAUAUUAUAAUAUUUUAGCAACUUGUUUUUGUAAAAACAAUUCUUGUAAAAACUAGUAAAAAAUACUAGUAAAAUUGUAGACCAUUACGAUUAAUACGGUACUGCAACUACGUCAGGACUGUUUUAAGUUUGAUUUCACUGUCAAUUUUCCUUGCGAUUGAUACGAAAUACUCAACAGUUUUUGUGUGUCAAUUGAAACAAUAAAUAAUUAAGAAUUAAUCGACCGGAUAUGCAAGUAUUGCAAGCAUUUGAAAUUCAAAUUUGGUCCGCUGCAACUUUGUCAACUGCAUUCUUGUUGAGUCUUUUCUCGAGUUUCUGAGGCAAUGUUUAUUCUAGAUUUAAUCCAGAAAUUCUACCACGAUGUUGAGUACGUUUGGCCUGACCCUAGGACGAACCACUACCCUCUGGUUUACACUCCAUUUCCAUGGACAAUCUUCGGAAUUUUCCUGCUUUUCGUCUACUAUUUGGGACCAAAAUACAUGCAUGGAAGACAACCUUAUCGACUGAAAAAGAUUGUCAUAAUUUACAACGUCUUACAGAUGAUUUUCAAUGGAUACCUGGUUGUUAGUGUUGUAAGGCUUUGCUACUGGCCUUUGAGAUACAGUUUAUGGUGUCAACCUGUUGAAACUGGGACAUCGCCUAGAGAAGUGGAGAUUACAGUCCUUGUCUGGCUCUAUUAUGUGUGCAAAAUCAUCGAUAUCAUGGAUACUGUAUUCAUAAUUAUGAGGAAAAAAUACUCACAACUUACACUGCUGCAUAUCUUUCAUCACGCGGGUAUGAUACUAUUUGCAUGGGGCGGCAUAAAGUAUGUUCCAGGAGGACAAAGUUUAUCAAUAGGAUUGACCAAUUGUUUUGUUCAUGUUGUAAUGUAUGGAUACUAUUUACUAACAUUGGUUGACAAACGCUGUACAAGUUCAUGGUGGAAGAAGCACAUCACACAGAUGCAAAUGUUGCAGUUUUUCAUUAUGGGCUUUCACCAUUCGAUAUCAGCGGUCAUUGACUGUGGUUAUCCCCGCAUUGCUAGCUCGUGGAUUGUUUUCUGUACAUUCUCCAUCACCUAUCUAUUUGCUAUUUUCUAUUGGAAUGCCUAUGUACAACCCGAAAGAAGGGAAAAAGAAUCAUGAUUCUCAGAUGUAGGUAUUCAUCCAGCUGUAUUUCAAUAAGUUCCUAUUCCAAUAAAAAUUAAUAAUUGUGAAAUGAAUGCUUGUCAAUAUAAUGUAUACAUUUUUGUACCACUAUAAUUUACUGUAUAAAAGGAUAAUCACAUUAAUAAAUUAUGAAUGUUGUUGAUAAAUUGUGACUAUUAAAUGUAAAAGAUUAAUUAAUAUAUGAAUUCCAUUUACU